GCUAAAGUUCCAUUGCAAAAUGAUAAAUCUGUUGAGAAAUUAAAAGAAGUGUUGGGGGAAAUAGAACGAUAUAUAAAUGAGAUCGACAAGCCUGGAGAAUUUAACGAAAGAUUUAAAAAUUGGUUCAAGCAGAUGGCGAAGGCUGAAAAUAUCGAGGAUGCGAAUGAAAUUUUACUUGGAAAACUGACAGACGCUACCAAAGAUUUUCAGUUUACUAUGGCUGUUGAUACUAAUAAUGUGGUCACUGAUAUAAAUCAUCAAGUUAAAGAAGGUUUCACUAACAUGGGAGAAGAUUUAUGCGAAAUGAACAACCGUCUUGCUAAUAUGGAAGAAGGUAUAGCUGCAGUGCAAAUCAUGAUUACACAGAAAGGAAACAGCGUCACAGACAAGGAUAUCGACUAUUUAAAAGUUGAACCGUACUGCAUCGAGAGCGAAAAAAAACCCGAAAGAAGAAUGGAUAUUGAGAAAAAAUUAUACACUACAAAAAUCCCUGUUGCAGUGAAAAAACUACCCAAUCUACCUGAUCACGAUAUUAAUAAGCAACUAAGGAAUAUUGCAAAACAAGCAAAGAUUAUUAGGUUACUUAGCGCCUGCGACCAUAUCGAAAAAUUUUUUGGUGUUUAUGAAGAUGAAGUUAAUGGAAUAAAGCAUCUCUUUGUAGUUACUAAAUGGAUGGAAAAUGGAAAUCUACGAGAAUAUUUAAUAAAAAAUAAACAGUUUGAUUGGUCAAAUAAACUUAGGAUUGCACAACAAAUUGCUGCGGGUCUUGAAUUUUGCAACUCUGUCAAUGUUUAUCAUCGAGAUGUCAAAAGCAAAAACAUAUUACUCAGCGAGCAUUUAAAUGCAAAGCUUACCAAUUUCGAGCUGAGUCGAAAGGUUGGAGAUAAAUCGAAAGAAAUGCCUCUUGAAUCUUCAAGAUGGACUGCACCAGAAAAGCUCAAAUAUCCAGAGCAAGAAUAUACCGAUAAAUGUGAAGUAUACAGUUUUGCAGUUCUUCUCUGGGAAAUUUCGACGCACCGAAUUCCAUUUGACUAUAUAGAUAACCCACUAAAAGCUGGCGAGAAAAUUAAAAAUAAUGAACGUCCCGAACCUUUUUCAAAAGGUACACCAGAACAAUACCAGGACAUAGUUAAAGAGGCUUGGGAUGGCAACCCUAGGAAACGUCCGAAAAUAGGUGAUGUGCGAAAGAAGCUUGAAAAGGUGAAUCUGACGGGGAGAAAGAAGGACAAACCAGUCAGGAGAGAAACUUGGUUAUCUACUGAAACUGAAUCUGUAACUGCAUUGGAUGAUUCGGAUGAUCAGCUGCUGGACAUUAAAGAAAUUAUAUCGCUCCAUGAAAAGGAACAAUACGAGAAAGCCUUCGGUCAUUUCCUGAAGUUGGCAGAUAGGAAUGAUCCGUUAGCCUCAUAUUAUGCGGGUCUUUAUCUCUUUAAAGGAACUUACGGCGUUGAAGAAGAUGAAAUUCAAGCCCUACAGUUAUUAAAAAAAUCAGCUAAAGGUGGAUGUGUACAAGGUCAGUACUUGUACUCUUAUGCUUGUCUAAAGGGGACCUAUUAUUCCAAGGACGAAGAGCAUGGUAUUGACGUAAAUGAAAAGAAAUAUAUGGAAUAUUUAACAAAGGCAGCUGCAUUAGAGUCUCCCGAUGCCUUAUACGCGGUUUCGCAAUUAUAUUUGAAGGGUGAAUCUGGCUAUCCUGUUGACAAUGAUAAAUAUAACGAAUACUUAACGAAGGCUGCAGACAAGGGGUCAAAUAAGGCGUUGAAAGAACUUGAAGAAAUUGGAUUUUAA